AUGCACCGAUCGAUGGUGCGAUGCACGUCCUGUCGAUUUUCCGUCCUGGAGGCAUUCACCUCCCUCGCUGGGGUUUCAAUCGCAGUUAAAGCCGCUCCUCCUCCACGACUUCCCCGACCAUCAAGCCAACCAACAAGGAGAUUUACUCGCUUGGCACCUUUACGAGAGUCCGAGGGUCGGCUUGCAUCAGAACCCUCGUCGGCACCCCCUACCGCAACCUCUGCUGUGCCGUGGUACCUGCAAAUCGAAGAUCCUACUCCGCCCUCGCCUAUAUCGCCUCUGCUCGCUUUACAGGAAAUCCCGCCCUUACCACAUGAUCCCCCACCCAUCCUCUCACCUGUCCUUACCCACCUGUCUACGCAAAUCGGGCUCGACAACCUCACCCUUCUGGACCUCCGGCACCUGGACCCGCCACCCGCGCUGGGUUCUAAUCUCCUCAUGAUCAUUGGCACUGCACGAUCCGUCAAACAUCUAAAUGUGUCCGCCGAUAGAUUUUGCCGUUGGGCGAGGAAAGAGUACAAAUUGAGGCCCUACGCGGACGGGUUGCUGGGGAGGAACGAGUUGAAGUUGAAGCUGAGGCGGAAGGCGAGGAAGAUGAAGCUGGCACAGAGCGUGGGAAAUACGGUCGCUAUGAAGGACGCCGAUGACGGAAUCACCACGGGGUGGAUAUGCGUAAAUAUGGGACCGAUUGAUGAUGCGGUGCUGCCUGAAAUGCAGGAAGCCGCCGAAGCUCGUAUGGGAAUAGAGGCUGAAGAGGGACAGCAUGCCUCCUCCGCUUCUCCCACCAACGCCACCAUGACACGAAAGAUGCAGGAGACACUCGCAGAGGAUGAAGAGGAGGAAUACCACAAUCCCGCAGAGGAAUACGUGGGCUUCGGCUCGCGUACAGACUCUCCACGUAUCGUGGUGCAAAUGUUUACCGAAGACAAGCGGGUCGAGAUGGAUUUGGAAGGCCUAUGGGAUGUGCGGAACACGAGACGCGCACAGAGAGAGGAGAAGGCCAACGUCGAAGCCGAGGCUACAGUAGGACGGUUGCAGCAGGAGCAACAAGGGAGAGCAGGUGGCGUCCAAGUCGAUUUAUGA